AUGUUAAAGGGGACCAAGAAGACGAAUUAUCCGUCACUUUGGUGGUAUACUGGCAGUUCCCCUCGAGACCUCGUUGGUGCCUCUGGUACCUGUAACGGGCACACCGUCAAGAAGGCAUUUACGUUUGUGGACGAAGUAUAUCUCAAUGGCACUUGUUCAUGGCCAAAAUGGUCGCUCUGUAGUUUCUUUAUCGUUCGAGCAACCGUAGAGAAAGAAGCGCCUCAAGAUGGCAAAGAUCAAUGGCCGAGGAUUCGACCGACUUCAGAUCCGUUUAUGAUCUUUCCUUCUGGUUCUACGUUUAGUUUAUCGUGUAAAACUGGAGCUGCGGCCGCUCACCAGUGGAAUGUCAAUUGGCGAUUACCAUUCGGUUUUCAGAAUGGCGACUAUGAUUUGGCCAAAGUGAGCAAUCUUGGCCAGCGUGUCGUUGCGACUUUGGCCAAAGGCAACGGAAACAACUCACACUCGGAUUAUUCCGUGUUGACAAUUGCUAACGCGAGCCACUUAGACACUGGCUAUUAUACUUGCCAUAGAUCGGAUAAUGAUAGUAUUGCAGUUAGGCAAUAUGUCUUCAUUCAAGAUUGGAGUGCACUAGUUGCUGCGCCAUUGAAAAAGUAUUUAGAUUUUGGGCAAAAGGAAGCUCUAAUUGACUGUAAGGCAACUCAUCCGUCGGUUGAAAUUUCUCUCAGGCGGAUUAAAGAUGAUGGAACUGCCGUUAUGGUUUACCCGUUGAGGAAGCAUGGUGAAAAGGAAGGCGACUGGUCGUAUAACCCAUUGGAAGGGUUCAAAAAUACUAAAAUUGUUUCGUGGGAAAUGGAAGGAACUUAUCUGUGUGUCGGAUGUAAAAAAUAUCUAGAAGGAUCGUCCAGACACCGAUCUGAAGCCGUUACUCAUGAAUUGAAUGUUGAAAUUCGCGGUAUAAGUAUUGAACUGACGGUGAUCUCGGGUAAGAAGAUGGGAACAGUGUUCGAAGGAGAUGACAUUCAAUUAACUUGCAAGAGUAAAGGAUUAUUUGUGCACGAAGACAUGACAUCAGACAUGCUAAGCUGGCAUUGGACCUCAAUUGAAAAUGAGUCAGUCACCCUGGAAUUGGGAAGCCAUCUAGUUCCAUCCGGAGUAAAAAUUGUAAAACAGGCAAAACGGAGUUUUAACGGUUAUAGUUUCGGUCUUUUGACCUGGCAAAACAUUUCAGCCGAAGCAGCUGGAACUUAUAAGUGCAGUCACGAACAAUCGCCCGUCUCUGCUUCCUACAUAUUGGUCAUCUCAUCCUCGAGCAAUGGAGUGCAACAAAAAAACUGUGAAAAUCGGUUGGUUUGCGGUAGAGAGAAAUUACUCAGCGCCGAAUGCAUGUGGUUCGUAAUUUACGUCGGACUAUUGUUGAUAAUUUAUUAGUCAGCUCAUUAACGUCCGGCUGGUUAUUUACUGAUCGAAAAGAACCCCGAUAUGUUUUCUCCUCCCUCUACUGUAUUAUGUACUAUCUGUCAUUUUUUUUUUCUUUUAGUUCAACAAACGAUAUCCUUACGUCUUGUCAUUUACGACAAUAAUAAAACCGUUUACCACA